AACGCACCGUUUUUCCUGCUUUACGACCAUCUCAAAAAAGUAGCUUUAUUUCUCUCCUCUCCCACCUUUCAACACUCAUAAUCCAUCCUUAAUUCCCUAGCUACCUAGCUUUUCAGCUUCCUUUUCCCCCUCUUCUUCUUGUAUGGAUACUGCUCAGUGGCCACAGGGGAUUGGAGUGGUGCAACUCCCCAUGGAUGGUACCAAUAAUUCCGACGGAGCUAAUUCGGAUCACCAGACACUACAACAAACAAGGCCUUUUACGACGGAAAAUAAUAUUCAAAACAAGGCGGUUUCGGCUCCAAGGCCACAGAAGCCGCCAGCCAUAAACUGUCCGAGGUGCCAUUCGGCUCACACAAAGUUUUGUUACUACAACAAUUACAGCCUCUCUCAGCCAAGGUACUUCUGCAAGACUUGCAGAAGGUACUGGACUGAGGGUGGAUCUCUCAGGAACGUCCCCGUUGGCGGCGGUUCGCGUAAAAACAAGAGAUCAUCAUCGUCAUCAUCAUCAUUAUCAUCGUCACUAUCCAAGAAGCUUCCGGAUACGAUCAAUUCUUAUCAAAACCCUAAUUUAAAGAUCUUUCAUGAGAGUCAAGAUCUUAACCUAGCUUAUCCACCAAAUCAGUUUGUUGAGUUUACUAAUUCUCCUACUUCAUACACUAAUUUCUCGCAGUUUUUCAAGUCCGGGAACAAUAUUAGUGGUGGAAGAGGAUUUAGCUCUUUCAUGUCCGUGAUUCCGGGUUCUGAUUCUCAUUCUUCAGGACUACUCUACUCAUCACCGGUACCUGGAUCAGGCCUGCCGUUUCAGGAAUUCAGUAAAACGAGUGGACUCAAUUUUUCGACAAAUCAGCAUCAGCUAGGGUUUGAUAAUUCCGAAAAUCAAGGGGGAUUUGGGAGUGCUUUGCAAGCAGUGCAUCAAGAGAACAAUAGUAGUAGUACUAAUCAUGCAAAGCUGCUUAAUUUUCCUAUCGAGGAUCUGAAACAGCCCGCUGUUGUUACGAACACGGGGAGUACUAAUGAAUCGGAGCAUAAUGGAGGCACUCAUCAUCGCGAAAAUGAUCAUCUUCAAUCUUCUGGAUUGAUCUGGAAUAAUGGUGACUUAGGUGGUGGAGCUUCAUGGUAAUAAUCAUCAGAUGUAAACUAAUUGCAAAGUUGUUCCAUAUAUAUUCGUCAAUGGUUCGUGCUUAAUUGACGCCAAAUUCUGACUAUCUACUUGUUAUCCGUCGUAAAAAGGCUUAUUUGUUGAACUGUUGCAAGAAUAUCGAUCCGCCUGUAUAAAGGUACGCUUCGUUCCUAAUUCAUCGAAAUUUAUCCGAUAGUUUAAGGUUGCGUAUUUCGAGAGCUUUGGAGAGUUCUGUGGAAUAUACAUAAACUCGAACUCGAAAAAAUUAGUGUAUAAUGGAACGAUUUUGCAAAUUAGUAUGCAUACUUUGAUGAUAUAUAUAAGUUGGCGAGUGAUCUGGAGAUUGAUUGAUUCUAAAGCUUACAAAGAGUACGUAUAUGAGGCUCUCUUUUCCUGUAAUUUGAUUUACUUUUGGCCUUGAAUCUUUACAGCAGGUCUGCCUUUUUUUUUCCCUUCUCUUUCGCUAGCUACUAAUUCAACUGUUAAAUUUUAAAACAUUUAUUUCAUUUUGUUUGUAAUUAUCCUGUGUAUUUCGUUGUUGAUCAGUGAUGAGCAAAUACUAAUGUUGUUGUAAUUUUGUGGAGCUUAAUUAUAUUCGUAUUUUUGUAUUUAA